AUGGAUGCGAUUGUAGUGAAUCUAAUAGGGGAUAUUCCUCCUAUGACAAAAAUAUGGACAUUAGGCUGUAUCGGUGUAUCGGUGUUAACAUCGACUCAGAUUAUAGACACAACUAAGACCCUUUAUAACUUUGAUUUAGUUUUUAAGAAGGGGCAAUAUGGAAGACUCCUGUAUUCUAUAUUUGAUUAUGGAGAAUUUAACUGGAAUACGAUGCUAAAUCUUUAUAUUACAACGACUCAUUUAACAAUGCUAGAAAACUCGUUUACGAAUAGAAAUAGGUAUAUAUGGUAUAUUACGAUAUUAUUCAUAUCUAUUCUGUCCAUGAGCAUUUAUGAGCAGCCUUUAUCUUCAUUGGGCUCCAUUCUACAGGAAAAUUUGGUAUAUUUUAAUUUGAAAAAAAAUGGCAGUCAACUACAAUUCCAAUUGAUCGGCGGUAUUGAUAUAAGUCCCUUAUUAAUCCCAAUCUAUAUGAAUGCUUUCAUGUAUUUUGUGUAUAAAAGAUCAUUGUUCCAAAUUGGGAUGAAUUUUAUACCUGCCCAUUUAUUAUUUUAUUUUGACGACAUUAUUUCAAGUAUCUAUAAUAUCGACUUAGGUAAGCCACCUACUGAAUGGUGGACAAGAGAUGCACCAGCUAAUAAUGAUAAUAGUACUGAUAAUAGCACAGAAAAUAAUACCGGAAAUAAUACUGAAAAUAUUACGGAGAAUAAUAAUAACAAUGAAACUGAAAAUAAUAAUGCUGAGCAAUCUCAACAUCAAGAAGCACGAGAUACAAAUAGAAAUAAUGAUAGUGAACAUUAUAACCAAGAUACUAAUAGAAAUGAGAUCACUGAAUCAAAUGACCAUAAUAUACCGCACCGCCAUUUAAAUGAACAACGUCAAUCAGAGCUCAUUGGUAUUGAUAAUCAUAGCAAUGAGAACUCUGAGAAAGAUAUACUUUCUAAUGAGCAAGUUAAACUGUCAGCUAGAAAUAAUUCAUUAUAUAAUGAUGAGUUAUCCAGCAAAUUGUUAUCUCGACAAUCAUAUAAACAAGUGAAUGAUGAUGAUCAUAUAAUAAAUGAACUAGAAGAAAUGGCCGAUAAUAUCGAAGAAAUUAUACAUAAGGGCAGUACAUUGUCCAACGAUACUGAUGACGAAGAUACACAAUUAUUACAACGUCAUACCUGA